AAAAUAAAUGACAUUGACAGAAUCGUGUUUACAGCGGAAGUUGUUCUUCUUUUUGGAGAUGUUACGCGGCCGAUCCAAAACAUGGGAGAACCAAGGAUUUUAGUCAUUGGCAUAGAAGGGACUGGCACAAGAGAAAUUUCAGCAUGUCUUUUGAAGCAGGACAGUUCAAUGGACGUGUUGACAUGUUCUUCAUUGCCACUGCCUGGUGACAGAGAUUUGCAUGAAUGUGGGAUUCAGUUUAUAUGUUUCAUGAUUUGUGCAGCUAGUAAGGAAAGUUUCCAGACUCUGCACAGCAGCAUAAGCCAGGUUGAUGUCUCUUACUUUGCUGGAAAAUGUGUCAUAGUUGAAAACACAAAAGGUCUUGCAGUGGAGCAGAGUGUUGAGAGAGAAAAGAUAGAGCAGCUGGCCGCGCAGUACGACAUUCCCGUUCUCACAACAAACACACAGAAUGAAAGUGAGCUCACUGACAUCAGUAACAAGCUGCAACACCUCAUCAGGAUGAAUCAGGGCAGAACUCGCCACCUGGCACCCAUGUUAUAUGAGUGCGUUCGAGAGACAAAACUACCACGGGGAACCCCAGCAGGCUCUAACCUUGCCACACCCAGUCUUGUGGGUAAUACUACAUAAAACAUCACUCAAUAUACUACAUGAUUGGGUCUGAUGUCUUAAAAUGUGCUCUGUGAUUAAAUUUACAUUAAAAAAUAUUUUUAUGUCAGACCAAGCAUGUACAAGUUUAUAGAACUGCUUAAGUCAGACAACAAAAAUACUGUAUUUAAAUUAUCCAAAUAUAUAAAAGAAGCUCUUAAACAUAGAACUUUCAUUACAUAUAGUGAUUAGUUUAUAUCAGCUCAUCCUCAUGUUUUAUCAUUUGCAUAUUUUUAUUUUUUUUACGAAUGGACAAUUAUUCAUAUCUACUUAUAGACAUUGCCUGUAUCGAAUCUGUAUUAUGUGACAUGUUGAAAUAACGUUAUAUAAAUGUACUUAUAUUCUAUGACUAUGUACCUUGUUGGUAUACGUCGAAUAAAAUUAUGUUCAUGUUCAUGAUUAAAUUUACUCCUUAGUGUUGGUCACAGAUCACUUGGUAUUGAAACACUGAAAACUACUCACUACAAAGUGAUUUUGUCAUAAAACAAACUUUUCAUCACAUUCGGUUAUUUAUUACAAUUGGCCCAAUAGAGGAAUCCACAGCGUUUAAGGAGUGGUUUUGUAUAC